AAAGUAAUGACGUCCCGAUCUGGCGACUUGACGCUUGCGUACUGCGGAGUUAACGCUGAUGCAAGACAUUUUCAGCGCAGCAGUGUGAGACUGAACGAGGGAGAAAAAGUAGCCAGAUUUCAGUCACCUUUCAGCCCGCAAACAUGUCAGGAGACGAGAUGAUUUUCGAUCCCAACAUGACCAAGAAGAAGAAGAAGAAGAAGAAGCAGCCCUUCAUGCUGGAUGAGGAAGGAGGAGAGGGAGUGGGAGGAGAAGAGGCUAAAGAGGUGGAGGCGAAGGAGGCAGAGCCCGAGGCGGGAGACGACAAGGAGAUGGAUCUGGAUGAUGAUGAUGGCAGGAAGAAAGAGCCAUCCGAUGAUUUGAACGACCUGAACUUCUUCAACCAGAAGAAGAAGAAGAAGAAACCCAAGAAGGUAUUCGAUAACGAUGUCGAGGAGGGAUUAAAGGAGCUGAAAAUUGAAGGAGAGCAGCCAGAAGUGCUGGAGGAGGACAACCUGGACCUGAUGCUUCCCACCAAAAAGAAGAAGUCAAAGAAAGUGGACUUUGAUGAGGGAGAGCCGCUGGAGAAGGAUGACACGCUCGAGGACGAUGAGGGGAAGAACAAUGACGGAAUCUCAUUCAGCUCCUCCACAGGACCGGCCUGGGCCGACUCAGAAAGAGACUACACUUAUGAUGAGCUGCUCAACCGAGUCUUCAACAUCAUGAGAGAGAAGAACCCGGACAUGGUGGCCGGAGAGAAGAGGAAGUUCGUGAUGAAGCCUCCUCAGGUGGUCCGAGUGGGAACCAAGAAAACCUCCUUUGUCAACUUCACAGACAUCUGCAAACUGUUGCAUCGUCAGCCUAAACAUCUGCUUGCUUUCCUGUUGGCUGAGUUGGGAACAAGUGGUUCUAUAGACGGAAAUAACCAGCUUGUGAUCAAAGGCAGAUUUCAACAGAAACAGAUAGAAAAUGUGUUGAGAAGAUAUAUCAAGGAAUACGUGACGUGUCACACCUGCCGCUCCCCAGAAACCAUCCUGCAGAAGGACACUCGCCUCUAUUUCCUGCAGUGCGAAACGUGCCACUCCCGCUGCUCCGUCGCCAGCAUCAAGACCGGAUUCCAGGCUGUGACGGGCAAGAGGGCGCAGCUCCGCGCCAAAGCCAACUAAAGACCACCGUAACUGGGCUCCCCCUCCUCUCUCGGCCUUCCCUUUUCCCCCCUCAGAAGGGCCGGGGCUGGGGGUCGGACGCCCCCUUUGAUUCGCUAAAAGGACUCUCUGAAUCGAACUGUGGGAGGGUUUGGCUGUUGUUUAGUUGUGUCGUGGCCUGACCGGGCAGGGAGUGAGAGAGUAUCUAAAGAUGAUGGACGGGGUUCAGGCACCGUAAGCAGAUGAUGUAUACCACAUACACCAUUGGAUGCAUUUGAAUUCUAGUCUGGCUGAUGAAUCCUCCGCCCCCCUAGGUUUUUUUUUUUUUUUUUUCUUUCUCCAUUUGCUGUGAUUCUUGAAUUCUGCAAGAAAAUUGAAUAUGGCUUGAACCCUUCCUCAUCCAUUCUUCUCCCACUUUACAUGAAUAUUUCUUCAGAUGCGGAAUACAUUUCUCCAUACAACCAGCCAAAUUGUAGCUAAGCUAAGUUGAUCUACAUUAACAGACCUUAGUUGCUCUGGUAAGUGUAGCCGUGUGGCUCAUGUGCUCACCACUUUAUUCCUGAGUUCCACAUAGGCUGCGUUCCUCUUUCUGGCCUGGCCCUAAUCAUAAAACUGCCAGCUCAGAAUUUUCUACCCUAGCUCAUCAAAGAUAAAAAUCAAUCAAGUCACAGACCCAGAGUACAUACAGGAUGAUAUGUCACAAACUAGCCUCUGGAGAGCUCCUAACACACCUCCUUUUGACCAUUUUAUAGCAGGAGACGACCACAAAGUCAAACAAGUAGAGUUUGAUAAAGAGGAGCGCAUCCUCUCACUGAAGACUUUGAUAGCGAGGUUGCGUGUGAGACGGACAUAGAAAUUAUACAGUGUGUUUGUGAGUGCUUUUGUGGCAUUGAUGAGCAACUGUGUACUUCACUGUUUCUUCCUUUUGACUUCUGAAGUUGAGAUCAACAUGUUUGAGAUUUGAUUAGAAGGGUUUGAAAAUUAAUAAAGUUCAUUUUGUCAAGAAGAACAGGUUUCUUGAGCUAAUGCCAGUCCUCCUUGACCCAACCAAAUGCUACCCCCUUACAGCAGCUUCUGAGCAGGCACCUCAGAUCAGUGUCCUCUAACAGGUCAUUAUUUUCAAGUGUGAGUCAAGAUACAACCACCUCAAGUUACAGUCCAAUGAUACUGGAUGUAUGGUAUUGGUUCUGUUAUUGUUAGAGAAGGAUGUGGAUAAGAAGGUCUGGCUUGAAUCAUUUUAAAACCUGGUUUUUACAAAAAUAAAAUAUUCUACUCUCUCUCUCCA